GCUGUCUUGUCUUGACAAUUAUUUGGGAAGGGGAGGAGUAACGGAGAAAGAAUUGAGGAGAGUGGAGGAAUCAGGCGUCUGUCACGUCCCCCUGCGUUACACCGAGGUGGAGGGGGAAGGGGAGGCCUUCUUUAUUCAUCGCCUCCAUUACCGAUCACUAUAUAUUGAUCAAUCUCUUCCUUCUUCCCUCUGCCUCAGUUUCUCUUUUCUACUACCCAUCUCCUAAAUUCCUGUUGCCUCUCGUGUUCGAUUGAACUUUUGAUUGGGUUUCUUUCUAAAGGGCAUAGAAUGUGCCCGGCGAAGGUGUUUUAAUCGAUCCCCGUGUCGAGAAACAUGGUUUUAAAUUGGUGAAAUUCAACGGGCUUUUGGUAGAGAGUGGUGAAAUUUGAUGUUGGUUUAUGUGGGUUUCGUUGCUGAAGGUCCUUGAUGGCAGAAGAAGAUCUGGUUGAGGUCAAAUUUCGGUUGUUUGAUGGCUCUGAUAUUGGUCCCAACAAGUAUUCCCCUGCCACCUCAAUUAGUUCUCUUAAAGAGAUCAUUGUCAAUACAUGGCCGCAAGAUAAGAACAAUGCUCCAAAAACAAUCAAUGACAUUAAGCUCAUCAACGCGGGAAAAAUACUGGAGAACAAUAAAACUCUUGCCGAAUCCAGGGUACCUGUUGGAGAGCUUCCUGGUGGUGUUAUUACUAUGCACGUCGUCGUGAGGCCUCCUAUACCUGAUAAACCCAAUGAAUGGCAGGAAUUACCAAUACAGAUGUUUCUGGCUGCAGAGAAGACGCAUGCUGAUUCCCAGAAGAACAGAUGUUCCUGCUCAAUUCUGUGAUGGAAGUACACAGUCUUCAGGUUCAUCUUGCUGACAUUACGUGUCUUGCUAAAUAAAGACCUGUCCUGCAAAUACGCCUCUUUACAUUCUCUAGCAUGCAGAAAAGCUGAGGGGUUCAUUUCUUGUAGCGGCUACCUGAUUGCGGCCUCCCCCUUUUCAGCCUACUAGGACAGGUUUUAGCUUGUGGUUACUCUGAAGUUUUGGCUUUAUCUUUUUUCUCUUUGAAGGCCCACAGUUCUGGCUGAGGAGAGCAUUGUUGCCCGCGCUGAAGCACAAUAGGCGGUUUGAAUGAACUAAGAUCAUGUUUUGGUGGACAAAGGUUGUCUCAAGUUCAACUCAAAAAUGAGUGUUGGUGGAGAUCUUUGUGGGUUAUCCUGUUCAGCUCUAGUGUCAUGUACUAAAACUCUAUUGAAACACUUGAUUUGUUUCUCCUUCAGGUUCUUUUGAUCGUGUAAAUACUGUGAUCUGAUGCCAGGAUUAUGUGUUCCUCUGAAAAGCUAUGAUUUUUUAUUCUGAUCUCA